UUUAAGGAUACCCUUCCACAGGCUUCACAGCACUUUACAAGCAAGGAGGUUAAAAAAUUCCUUUUGUGCGGUGGGAUUUCCUUGUGUCCCUGAAUUAGAGAGAGACAGCACUGAGGAGGAGUCUCGGAUCCUCAGAGUAAAGGUGGUUUCUGGGAUUGAUCUAGCUAAAAAAGACAUCUUCGGAGCCAGUGACCCAUAUGUGAAACUUUCCCUGUAUGUAGCAGAUGAAAACAGAGAACUUGCUUUGGUGCAGACAAAAACUAUUAAAAAGACACUGAAUCCCAAAUGGAAUGAAGAAUUUUAUUUUAGAGUAAACCCAACCAAUCAUCGACUCCUGUUUGAAGUGUUUGAUGAAAACAGAUUGACUAGAGACGACUUCCUUGGUCAAGUAGACGUCCCACUUAAUCAUCUUCCGACAGAAGACCCAACCAUGGAACGGCCAUACACGUUUAAGGAUUUUCUUCUCAGACCAAGAAGCCACAAAUCUCGGGUAAAGGGUUUCUUGAGAUUGAAGAUGGCCUAUAUGCCGAAAAAUGGAGGACAAGAGGAUGAAAAUAAUGAUCAAAGGGAUGACUCUGAGCAUGGAUGGGAAGUGGUUGAUUCCAAUGACUCUGCAUCUCAUCGCCAAGAAGAGUUACCACCACCUCCACUGCCUCCUGGAUGGGAGGAAAAGGUGGACAAUCUUGGUCGUACUUACUAUGUCAACCACAACAACAGGACAACUCAGUGGCACCGGCCAACUUUAAUUGAUAUGGCAUCUGAAUCAGACAACAACAUCAGACAAAUAAACCAAGAGGCAGCUCAUAGACGCUUUCGAUCUCGGAGACACAUUAGUGAAGAUUUGGAGCCAGAGCCCAUGGACAGUGGAGAUAUACCUGAACCCUGGGAAACUAUUUCAGAGGAAGUGAGUGCAAGUGGAGAUUCCUUAAGCCUGUCCUUGCCACCGCCCCCAGCCUCUCCAGUUUCUCGGACCAGUCCCCAGGAGCUGUCUGAUGAAUUGAACAGAAGGCUCCAAGUCACUCCUGAUUCCAAUGGGGAACAACUCAGUUCUUUGAUACAAAGAGAUCCCUCAUCAAGAUUAAGGUCUUGCAGCGUAACAGAUGCAGUUGCUGAACAGUCUCAAUUAUCACUGCAGAGUGGUCCAUCUAGGAGAGCUCGUUCUUCAACUGUCACAGGUGGUGAAGAACCAAUGCCAUCAGUGGCCUAUGUGCAUACAACACCGGGCUUACCUUCAGGCUGGGAAGAAAGGAAAGAUGCUAAGGGACGUACUUAUUAUGUCAAUCAUAACAAUCGAACCACAACUUGGACUCGGCCCAUUAUGCAGCUUGCAGAAGAUGGUGCAGUUGGGUCAGCAACAAACAGUAACAACCAUCUCAGUGAACCUCAGAUAAGACGGCCUCGUAGCCUCAGUUCACCCACAGUAACUUUAUCUGCUCCACUUGAGGGACUCUCCAAGGACUCACCUGCACGCCGAGCUGUAAAGGAUACCCUUUCGAAUCCUCAGUCUCCCCAGCCCUCACCUUAUAAUUCUCCUAAACCACAACACAAAGUGACACAGAGCUUCUUGCCCCCUGGCUGGGAGAUGCGAAUAGCUCCAAAUGGCAGGCCCUUCUUCAUUGAUCACAAUACUAAAACCACUACCUGGGAAGAUCCUCGACUGAAAUUUCCAGUACAUUUGAGAUCAAAAGCUUCUUUGAACCCUAAUGAUUUGGGCCCUCUUCCUCCUGGUUGGGAGGAAAGAAUACAUUUGGAUGGAAGAACAUUUUAUAUAGACCAUAAUAAUAAAAUUACCCAGUGGGAAGAUCCCAGAUUACAGAACCCAGCUAUUACUGGUCCAGCUGUUCCCUAUUCCAGAGAGUUCAAACAGAAAUAUGACUACUUCAGAAAGAAAUUAAAGAAACCAGCUGAUAUACCGAACAGAUUUGAGAUGAAACUCCACAGAAAUAAUAUUUUUGAGGAGUCCUAUAGAAGAAUCAUGUCCGUGAAGAGACCUGAUGUAUUAAAAGCCAGGCUCUGGAUUGAAUUUGAAUCAGAAAAAGGACUUGAUUAUGGAGGUGUGGCCAGAGAAUGGUUCUUUCUGUUGUCCAAGGAAAUGUUUAAUCCUUAUUAUGGUCUUUUUGAAUAUUCGGCAACGGACAACUAUACUCUUCAGAUUAAUCCGAAUUCAGGCCUUUGUAACGAAGAUCAUCUGUCCUAUUUCACGUUUAUUGGCCGGGUUGCUGGGCUGGCAGUGUAUCAUGGGAAAUUAUUAGAUGGCUUUUUCAUCAGGCCUUUUUAUAAGAUGAUGCUGGGGAAACCAAUAACUCUGAAAGACAUGGAAUCAGUGGAUAGUGAAUAUUACAAUUCCUUGAAAUGGAUCCUGGAAAAUGACCCAACAGAGCUGGAUCUCAUGUUUUGCAUAGAUGAGGAAAACUUUGGACAGACUUAUCAAGUUGACUUGAAGCCUAAUGGAUCAGACAUCAUGGUAACAAAUGAGAACAAACGGGAAUAUAUAGACUUAGUCAUCCAGUGGAGGUUUGUAAACAGAGUUCAGAAACAAAUGAAUGCAUUUUUGGAGGGAUUCACAGAACUCCUACCUACUGAUUUGAUUAAAAUUUUUGAUGAAAAUGAGCUGGAGUUACUAAUGUGUGGCCUUGGAGAUGUUGAUGUUAAUGACUGGAGACAACAUACGAUCUACAAGAACGGAUACUGUCCAAACCAUCCUUUAAUCCAGUGGUUCUGGAAGGCUGUGUUACUGAUGGAUGCUGAGAAACGUAUCCGGUUACUGCAGUUUGUUACGGGGACAUCACGAGUGCCUAUGAAUGGAUUUGCUGAACUUUACGGUUCAAAUGGUCCUCAGCUGUUUACAAUAGAGCAAUGGGGAAGUCCUGAUAAAUUGCCCAGAGCUCACACAUGCUUUAAUCGCCUUGACUUACCUCCUUAUGAAUCUUUUGAAGAUUUACGAGAGAGACUUCUUAUGGCAGUGGAAAAUGCUCAAGGAUUUGAAGGAGUGGAUUAAAACAGCUACUUUUUUUUUUUUCUUUUUCCAUCGAGCAAGUUCUGCUUGCACUUUUGAAUUUUGCCUAACGGACAGUGAGUGACUAUGACAGAACAGUUGCACAAUGUUGGUUCAUGGAGCAAAUCUCUUCUACAGUGCAGUUGCCUAAAUUCAGAAGUUUUGAACUAGACCCUGUGGAUAGUAUUUCUGACACUUCCACAGCAAAUUACCCGACUGGUUGAUGUGUACUCUGAUUACAUUUCAGCAGGACUUGUUCUAUUUAUGUUGUGCCUCUGUAGGCAAAGCCCUUAAUAAAUAUUUUACAUACUUUCUAAUGACAAUGAAUGGAAUUAAUCACUUUACAGGUAUAGUAUUACAGCUCAUGUUUACUUUUUACUUGAUUUAGACAUAUUUUCAGAUUUUAUUUCAUUACAAUUAAAAAUAUCAUAUGCUUGGAAAAAUGAGCAUUUUUCUUAUCUUAAUUUCAUACCGGACUUGAUGCCAGUGGCAUUUUUACUUUCAAAGUGCAUUUUGAGCCUUGUCUCCAACCUAUUGGACAAGUAGAAGAAACCUGUCAGAAAUUUUCUACAAAUGGGAUAUAUUCAGAGCAAAUCUAAAACCUUUUCACUGAGCACAUUAAUAUUUUCUGUACCCAGAAGAAUAAGUACACAUUGGAUGUUACAUUUUUGUAUAAAUCAGUAGAAUAGUUGUAAGUUAAGAGAGGAUCAUAACAUAGCAUGCCAAAUCUCACAUUCAAUAAAGAAAUCGCCUCAUUUAUUCCUUGGUAAUAUUUACAUGUGCUAUAAAGCCUUUUGGGAAAGGGUUGGCAUCAUUAUAGAAGAAGAUGCUUAACCUAUCAUUAACUUUGUACAGUGAUUCUUUUAUUAUCCUUUCCUCUUUACUGUUUGCAAUGGAGGCAUUUUGAAUGAAACCUGGCACUGCUUGAUUUGGAACUGUGGAAACCAGAUCUUUUUUUGUCAACCUAUUUGUAUGCAUUUGCUAAUGAUAGCGAAAUAACAUUUUUUUUGUUUUGUUUUGUUUUGUUUCUAACUGCACCAACUCUAAAGGCACUUUAUGUAACACAUGGAGGUCAUAUCUUUUUUUUAAAUCCUAAACAUUAAUGUGAUUAUAUUCCUUCUCACUGCACAUGUCUUUCUGGUGCAAUAUCUAUCAAUUGUGAAUCUGGCUGCUGCUGAUGUAUAAAACCCAGAUGUAGAGCUGAGCCUGCAGACAUGUUCUCACCAAUUGUUUCUGUGAUUUUAUUUUUUACUCUAUCACAAAGAUUUAUUUAAUAUACACAGCUAUCUAAUCAA